AUGUCUGUCGACGAUGCACCAGAGGAUGAGGGACAGGGCACUCCUCGGCAGACGUACAACUUUGCGCCAGGCUAUCACGGCGUCGUCUACCGCGCCGACGUCCCGGAUCGUGGAGCGGGGCAUCCUCACGAGCACAAGAGUGACGAGCGGGAUGAGACGGCCACGGACGGCACAUCGGGCCAGCCCGGAGAGGAGGACAAAGUCAAGUACAAGAUGCAGUCGAUGCAAUGGGGUCUCAUCCCGUUCUGGACGAAGCGCGACCCCGGCUACUCCACGCUUUCCAAGACGAUCAACUGCCGCGAUGACUCCCUCAGCACAUCUGGCGGCAUGUGGUCGACCAUGAAGGCGGGCAAAAGGUGCAUUGUCGUCGCCCAGGGGUUCUACGAGUGGCUCAAGAAUGGCAAGGAGAAGAUACCGCAUUUUGUCAAGCGCAAGGACGGCCAGCUCAUGUGUUUCGCUGGCCUAUGGGACUGCGUCAAGUAUGAGGAUUCCGACGACAAGCGAUACACGUACACCAUCAUCACGACGGACUCCAACAAGCAACUCAAGUUCCUCCACGACAGAAUGCCGGUCAUUCUCAACCCUGGCUCCAAACAGAUCAAGACCUGGCUGGAUCCCAAGCGGCACGAAUGGUCAAAGGAGCUGCAGAGCCUCUUGAAGCCAUUCGACGGUGAACUCGAAUGCUACCCCGUCAGCAAAGAGGUUGGAAAAGUCGGCAACAACUCGCCGUCCUUCAUCAUACCCGUUGCGAGCAAGGAGAACAAGUCCAACAUUGCCAAUUUCUUCGCCAACGCAUCCGCCAAGCAGAAGCCCAAAGAGGCCACGAUCGAACCCACGGUCGAGACAGAAGUCAAGACGGAGCAGUUGCAAGAGGAGAAUCAGCAGCCGGUGCCAGACAUGGUCGCCAAGGCGGCCGAAGCCGCAGAUAGCCAAGCCAAGGCAGGGAUUAAGCGGGAGGCCCCCGAUGCCGACGCGGACGAGGAGCCACCACAGAAGAUGGCAUCAAGAGCUCCGCCUGCCAAGACGAGGCAGAGCAAGAUUUGCGCAACGAGUAACGGAAGCAGGAGUCCCGUCAAGCCGAAGGAUGGGACCCAAAAGAUUACAAAGUUCUUUGCCAACAGUGCAUAA